UGCCGAGGGCUUGUGGACUGUUUUCUGAUUGUGAAACAGAAAGAAGAAGACUCCUGUGUUUUGGAUACUCACUACAAUGAGGAGAACUUGACAUUCACAGUGAGCAACCUGUUUGCUGCUGGCACUGACACCACAGCAGCCACACUGAGAUGGGGUUUGCUGUUAAUGGCUAAAUACCCACACAUACAGGAGCAGGUCCACGAGGAGCUGAGCCGGGUAGUAGGAAGCCGACAAGUUUGUGUAGAUGACCGGAAAAACCUGCCGUACACUGAUGCAGUCAUUCACGAGACUCAGAGACUGGCGAAUAUUGCUCCCAUGUCUGUUCCUCACCAAACUAGCCAAGAUGUCACCUUCAAGGGAUACUUUAUCAAAAAGGGAACUAUUGUGUUUCCCCUUCUCACCUCUGUCCUGUAUGAUGAGAGUGAAUGGGAGAGCCCACACACUUUUAACCCUUCACAUUUUCUGGACAAAAAGGGUCAAUUUGUCAGGAGAGAUGCCUUCAUGCCCUUUUCUGCAGGUCGCAGGAUGUGUCUCGGAGAAGGUCUGGCUAAGAUGGAGCUCUUCCUCUUCUUCACCUCCCUCAUUCAGCGCUUUCGUUUCACUCCUCCACCUGGAAUCACAGAGGAUGAACUGGAUCUCACACCAGCUGUGGGAUUCACCACCCCU